AUGGAUAAAACAACAACAGGAAUAAUAGCGACUACAAUACCAGGAACAACGACAACAGCAGCAACAAUUAAUGUAACAAAUACCAAAGAAAAAUGUAAACGUUCAUCUAAACAGCAAUCUACCAAUAUAAUCGAAAAUAAUGAAAAUCGUAUACAUUCAGAUUAUAUAAGUUUAUUUAGUACUCCAUUUGAAAAGUAUUCUUUGAUUUCUGAUGAUCGUAUCACAUAUAUUAUAACAGAAAAAUUAAAUGCAACACCAAUAUAUAUUGAAGCAACAGAUGGUUUAAAUAAAGGUUAUUUUUUAGAAAAUAAUACAUUUUAUGGUGUAUUAAAUGAUCUUAUUAAACAUAAUACUGAUAUAACAUUUAAUGGUAGAUCAUAUGAUGGUUUAUCAUUAAUAUUAAAAAAUAAUUUUGAAAUUUUAUAUCCAUAUCAAAGAGUUAAAGAAUGUAUUGUUAUACCAAAAUCAAAUUUAUUACCACGUUAUAUGAAUUUAUUACAAACAUUAGAUAAAAAUACAUGUGGUUUAAAAUUAUAUUGGCAAUCAUUUACUGAAAUUGAAACAUUAAAAUUAAAAGGUACUAGUACAAAUAUAUUAUCAUAUGAUGAAGAUUAUUAUUCAUAUGAUCAAGAUGAUAAUGAUGGUAAUGAUUAUAAGGUAUUAGUAAUGAAAAUGACGUACUCCGUGAGUGAUAAUAAUAUUAUAUCACAUCAGUCAACAGCGAUUCCAUCAGCAAUAGGAAAAAUUGAUACUGGUUUACAACAAUUUAAUUUAACAAACCGUCGAAAGAAACGCUAUCAUCGUCAUCAUCAAAAUACAAAAAAUCAAUAUUACUUUCAUGAAAGUAAUAAUGAUUCAUAUGAUGAUGAUAUUGAUGAUAAUGAUUUAGUAUAUAAAAUUGAUAAUACUAUUAAUAAUCCUGAAAUCAAUACCAAUUCUAAUAAUAAUAAUGAAAAUGAACAUGAUGCUGAUGAUGACGAUGAUGAUGAUAAUGAUAAUGAAGAAGAUGAUGAUGAUGACGAUGAUAAUGAUGAAGAUUUAAAUUCAAAUGAUUCAAUUGAAACAGUUUCUGAUGAAAUACCGAUAUGGGCAUUUGGUGAACAACGUUGGAUAUCCGGUGUUAAUGAAGAUACAACAUGUUCUGAUUUAAUAAAUGUUUUAUUAGCUGAUGAAGGUAUUAUAACACCAUUAUCAUAUCAAAAUUAUCAUCGUCAUUCUCAUCAUCAUCAUCAUCAUAAUAACCAUUCGAAAGAAUAUUAUCAUCAUUAUAAUCAACAACAACAGCAACAACAAAAGCAAAUAGGAUUACCUGAAAGAUUUUUAACAUCAAAAUUACAUGAUUCUGAUUUAACGGGAAUAACAACGAUAGAAACAACAAAUACAACAGCAACAACGGGAGGAAUAACAUCACAGACAGCAUCAUUAUUACCAUCAACAACAAUAGAUAAUAAUAAAAUUUUUGUUAUUACUGAAAGAUGGAGGCGUGUUGAACAAAUCCUUAGUAAUGAUACAAAAGUUUUACAAAUUUGGUCAGCUUGGGGUCAGGCUAAAUCAGAGGUCAAAUUAACAUUACGUCAAAUUGAUUCAUCGUUAACACUUGAUACAUCAUGUUAUAGUAAUAAUAAUGAUAAAGAUAGUGGUAUGGGUAGUCCAAUUGGUAGUUCAAAUAGUGCAAUAAUGAGACGACGUAAACAUCGGGCAUCAAAAUCUACAGCAGCUUGGGUAACACAAGCAAAUACAAUGCAUCCAAAAUCACAAAAAACUCAAAUUGAAAAAUUAAUGAAAUUGAUUUUAGAGCAAGGUGAAACAAUACAACAACAAUUGGCUAAAUUAAGAGAUCGAGAGCUUCAGAUUGCGAAAAUUGAAGAGGAGCGGCAUAAAAAUCGAGAAAAGGAACAUGGAAAAAAUUAUCUUCUAGAAACAUAUUUGAAUGGAUUACAUGAAGUCGAAGAAAAGGAAGUUGUUACAGGUAAUAGUGAUAGCGGUGUACAAACAGAAGGUGCUUUAUCAUCACCAGAAAUAUGUUCUAGUUCAAAUCCAAAUGAAGAUGAAGAUUAUAUAAUUGAAACAUCGACAACAGCACAAUCACAUUCAACAACAAUAUUAGCUUCAUUACCAACACCAAAAAUAUUAAGACAAAAUCCAAAGCAUCAUAAUGAUAUUAACAAUAUUAAUAGUAAUUUUAAUCAUAAUAUUUCUUCUUUAACAUCAUUAACAACACCUCAACUUAAUGUUGGUGCAAAAAUCUGUACUUCAUUAUUACCAAUCAACAGUAUAAAAUCGUCAACAUUAAAUACAUUUCCAUUUAAAGAGAAACCAUCACAUCGUGAAAAAAAACUAUUAAAAGAACAUAAACAAACCAAAGAAUAUAGUUCAUAUCUUCAACAAUAUAGUGAUGCUAAUUUAAAAGGAUUAGAAUUAGAUGAAAGAAUAACAACAAUAUCAAAAGAUAUAAAAACAGCAACAUGGUUAUCAUCAUUAGAUGCUGAUGCUUCAUCAACAACACCAGCAACAACAAUACUUCCAAUUUUAGAUAAUUUUAAUAUAAAAAAACAAAACCAAACUGAACAAACCAAAAAUCAACUUUCAUCCAACUUAACAGAAUUAAAUAAAGAUGUUGUUGAUGAUGAUUAUGUUGAUAGUAAUAAUCAUGAUCAUCAUCAGAAUAAGGAUGUUAAAAGUUCAAGUAAAAAUUCCCGAAUUAAUAGAAAAUAUAAUAAUGAAGAAGAAAACAUUGUAUUAUUAGAUGAAGAUUUUCAUAUUGGUUAUAAUAAAAAUUCAAAAGAUUAUAAUAGUAAAAUUAAAGAUUUACAUGAUAAUGACACAAUCACUAAUAAUGAGAAUAUAUCGGAGAAGAUUCAAUGGAUGGAAAAAUUGGUUAUGAUUAAUAAACAUCUUCAAAGAGAGGAAGAACUUUUAGUACGUUUAGGUGCUAAAAUUCGCAAAUAUGAAUCAGAAAAUCCAUUAUUAGAUGAAAAUCAAAUAAGAGAAGCAUUAUCAAAAGUUAAUAAUCAUUUAGAAACUGGUAAUAUGGAAAUUGAAAAACUUGAAUUAGAUUUGUUAUCAACAAAAGAACAAUUAGAAAAAAGAUUUAGUUUAUUACAAAAUUUAAAUAAAGAAUUAAUUGAAAAGGAAAAGGAAGAAGAAGAACGAAAGGAAGAAGAAGAAGAACAACUACAACAAGACAACGAACAAAUACAAUACAAUGAAGAAGAAUUAAAAUUGCAACAGCUUAACCAAAGUACCAAUGAAUUUGGAAAUGAAAAUCAGGCACAAACCCCAUCUCAAAAUGAAAUAAAUCCAAGUAAACGAAUCAAUCCAGAUGAACUUAAUGGGUAUUGUGCUGAAGAAAGAAAAUGCGUAAAGAAAAAAUCAGAAACUAGAAAAGUUGGUUUUAGUAAUUCAAUAAAAGUUGUUGAUAUUCCAUUGGAUGAUAUAGAAUCUGAAUCAGAAAAUGAUAAAUCUAAUAAUUUAAAUGAAAAUCAAUUAGUAAAAGAAAAUAUUUCAGAAGAACAACAACCUCAGCAAAAUCAACACCAACAGCAACAAUCAGUUAAUUUAGAUUUAAUACCACCAAAUAUAAAUUUAACAUCACAUCAAAUGUAUAUAGCACCGCCACCACCAGGUUUUGAUUCACCAAAUUAUAAUAGUAAUGAUUUAUUAAUAACAGCACCUACACAAAUUCAAUUGAAUCAACCAUAUCAAAUUCAAUUGAAUCAAUCAGGCGGAUUCCCACCGGGAACAAAUGCAACAACAACAAGAAAUAUUGCAUCAUCUAUUGAUCAACAAUUAGGUUUAUCAUUAAAUCAUGCAAAAAAUUUAAAUUUUUCCAAAACAUUAACAACAAUAAGUUCUAAAAAUAUUAAUCCAACAAAUUCUUUAUCAAAAACUGAUUUAUUACAUAAACCAGGCGGUUUAUAUUUACUCGAUAAUUCACAAUUUAAAACUCCUCCAUCAAAUAUUAAUAAUAAUUAUUCAAAUGGUUGUGGUAUUGGUGUUUCAAAUAGUACAAGUAAAUCAUUAAUAACACCAAUAUCAUCAACAACAGCAACAACACAUAUUGAUAGAUCAUUAGUAUCGAUACCAUCCCAAUUACAUAUCGAUAAUCAAUCAUUAUUACCGCAUAGUGACGCUGCUGUUCCACAAAUAUCAGAGAAUUGUUUUACAUUAAAAAAUAGUUAUACUUUAACAAAUUUAACACCACCUACAACAACCAAUAUUUUACUCCAAAGACAACCAUCAAAUUGUAACCAAAUAAAUAAUUGUAGUUUGUAUUCAAUAGAUCAUCAAUCUAUUGCAAGUCAAGGUAGUGCAACAAAUUUAAAUAAAAAUUUAUUAUUAAAAUAUGGUAUUGGUACAAUAAAAUCACAAACAUCAACCAUAUUACCAAAUUCUAUGAAUAGUGUUAAUAAUGGUAUGCAUAAUUAUAAUGGUCCAAAGAGAUUUCUAAAUAAUAAUGGUAAUGAAUUUGAAUCAAAUUCUGAUACCGGAUUAAGUUCAUUAAGUGAUGAUGUUAUACAUUUAGGAACUUUAGUUUAA